CAACGUUAUCUUCAUCAUUAUAAAUAAGAAAGGGAUAUUAUUCUAUUCAUCAUCACACAAUCACAAAAAGAUUCCUCCUCAGCCUACAACUCCUACCACCAUUAACAGCCAUUUCAAUAAUAUCUUUUCCUGAAAAAAAACAAGCUUAAAAUGAAUCCCUUUUCCGCUCAAAGUCUGUUAUGCGUAUCAUAUCUUUUGUUCUUAGCACAUCACUUAUCUUCCGUCCAUUCAUCAAAGCACAAAACUGGGCCUGCAAUAAACGUAACCAAACAUCUCUUUUUUCCGGAUUUUAGCUCCGUCAACAACCCCAGAAUCCUUGAAGACAUCAAGCUCCUCGGCAGCGCGAAACUGUCGAACACAAAUCGCUCCCUCCAAAUCCCAGAUGAAUCCCAAGCCAAUGGCCUCAAACAACAAGCGGGCAGAGCCCUCUACUCUUCUCCUAUCAGACUAUUCGAUCCACAAACGCAAACUCCUGCCUCCUUCCAAACCACCUUCUCUUUCCAAUUCCACAACGACAUUAAUACUACUAAUGCUACUCACGGCGGCAGUGGCCUCACUUUCAUAAUUGUCCCCGAUGAGUUCACCCUCGGACGACCAGGCCCGUGGCUGGCAAUGAUCAACGACGCCUGCGACGAGGACUACAAGGCCGUUGCAGUCGAAUUCGACACGCGUUGGAACCCCGAGUUUGGAGACCCGAGCGACAACCAUGUGGGGAUCAACUUAGGCACAAUGGUCUCCGCCAAAGCAAUCAACGCUUCCGAUGUGGGAGUUUUCCUCAACGACGGUUCUGUCCACCGGGCUUGGAUCGCCUACAACGGUCCGAACCGUUGGAUCGACAUCCGUUUAGGAUCAGACGUCGAUCAUUACCCGCAAAAACCAGUCUUCUCGGGUUCUCUUGACAUCUCAUCAUUCUUGAAAGAAUACAUGUUCGUGGGCUUCUCAGCUUCAACAGGGAACCACACUCAAAUCCACAGCGUUCUCUCCUGGAACUUCACUUCAACAAGUCAAGCUUUUCUCAGAGUUCCUUCUUCCGAAACAUGCGAGGGCAAGAUCGUCGUUGGCAGCGCCGGAAGAAUCACUCGCACGGAGCCUCCGAGCAGCUUCUUGAUCUUCAUGGCAGUGGUGGUGUUAGCCUUGGCCGUUAUGCUCAGCUUAUACUACAGCGGAAGGCGCAAAGGCCGCGGGGGAAACACCAUGUCAUCAAACGACGUCGUUUUUCCAGAAAAGAAGAGGCCCACGCCUCCAAAUAAGCCGCGGAAGUUCACAACCGCGGAGCUCUCCGCCGCCACGGCGGGCUUCGACGAGAUUGAGAUUCUGGGUAGUGACUCAAAAGGGGUUUACUACAGGGGAAAGCUCUCAAUAUCAAGUGCUUGCCACUGUCAAGUGGCUAUAAAGCGGUUUUCAUCUCAGUUUCUAAGCUCUGCAGGAGUGGAAUACAAAAAGAGAUUGAUGAAGGAAAUAAUCUCCAUUUCCAAAGUUCGUCAUCCGAAUUUAGUCCCCAUAAGAGGGUGGUGUCAAGACAACAAAGAAACAAUGGUUGUGUACGAGUUUAUCGUCAAUGGAAGCCUUGACAAAUGGCUAUUUGGGGUUGGCGUUCUUCCAUGGACGAGGCGUUUCAAGGUGGUGAAAGACGUGGCUGAAGGGCUCAAUUUUUUGCACUCAAAACUACUUGCGCACAAGAACUUGAAGCCUAGCAGUGUGUUUCUUGACGUGAGCUUUAGGGCGGUUCUUGGGGACUUUGGGUUUGUUUUGUGUGGGACAGAGUCAAGGAGGUUUGAGUCAGCUGUGAGCCAAAGUGCUGAUGUGUUUGAGUUUGGGCUUUUUGUGUUGGAAGUGGUGGCGGGGAAAAAGAGGACAGAGAAGAAGGUUGGAUUUUUGGGGGAGUUUGGGGAAAUGGGUUUGUUGGAAUUGGCUUGGAGAUUGCAUGAAACUGAUGAGAAAGCGAAGUUGGUGGAUAAGAGAAUGGGGUGCUUAAUGAGGUUGGAACAAGUGGUUAGAGUUUUGGAAAUUGGGUUGCUUUGUACACUAAAUGAGAACAAAGGGAGGCCUAGUAUGGACCAAGUUGUGGAGUUUCUGUCUAUGGAGAAGCCUCUUCCCGAAUUGCCGCUGAGUCGACCCGUUUCGUUGUUUCCGUACAGCAGCAUGAAUGCUGGUCUCUGCAGCACUGGAUACUCUUGUGGCUCUUUUAAGUGAAGAAGUGCUUGUUGAGAUUUGCAUAAUGUAAUUUGUUGUUGUAAGUUGAGCCUUUAUUUUUAGUGUUAAUUGGUGUAGAAAGGAGAGGGUUUUGACCAUAGAGUGAUUAUUUAUUGAAGAGAUUGGUUUGAGAAAAGAAUGCCAGUUAGAAAUGUGGUCUAGGCAAAGGUAUGUGUAUAUAUGAAUGUAAGUUGCUUGAUCGAA